UGAGAAGCACAAGUAUUCAGCUCUGCAUGGCAUGACUCACGCUGUACAUCGGCGUUAGGAUGGCAUCCGCACCCUCCCAGGCACUUCGCGCGUCAUGAAGUGAAAUUUCAACAGUUGACACGCGACUACUAUUGUUGCGAGCAGGUUGAACACUUCGAACUGCUGAGAUGAGCUCUUCUCUGGCUACUGAACUGAUGAUCGCUAUGAGCAAAACGAGAGUCGAAAAUGAAUACCACGUCUUUGCGGGCGCCGUUUUGAUAUAUUACGAUUGGCUGCUGGUGUUCGACCGAGAAAUACGAUAUGUCUGGCCCCGUCCCCUGUCCAGCUCCUCUGUGCUCUACAUCAUCAUCCGCUACUUGUCCAUUUUUCAAAUGCUGUUGACGAUCCUCGACCUGUCCUCGAUUUCCGGGGAGAGUGCAAAGAGCCACGCAGUUCUGGGUUAUCUCUCAGUGAUUUCUGGAACCGUGAUGAUCAUCACGACCAUCGUGUUUGCAGGGCUCAGAGCCCAUGCGCUUUCUCCAAGCAAGCUGUGGGCCGCAAUACUAGUAGCCCUUCUAGGCAUGGUGAAUCCUAUGACCACCCUCUAUCUCAGUUUCACCGGGGGAGGCUGGACGAAUCUCACACCGUCCGGCCAUUACUCCGUAUCGAAAGCCCCUAUCGGAUCAUAUUUUGGGUUCGAUAUCGCGAUGCGAACGUGUGCUCUGGCCGCCGACGCGAUUGUGCUUGUCCUAACGUGGAUGCGCUUUUGGCCACAGAAGGGCGAAGGGAUGAGGUUUGGUCAUCUGUCGAUGCUGCCUGCAGUUCUCUUCUUUGGAGGCAGGUGUCUCAAAUGACAGCUGAUUUUGGGUCGUUGACGAGUGUGUUGGUAUCAGGAACGA